AUGGACAACCCGGUGGACACGCGCCUGGAGUACGUGGGCAAGUACGUGACGAAGUCGCUGCGCCUCAAGCCCGACAAGUGGGGGCGGCUGCUGGCCGUGGACGAGCAGCGGGACCAGGUGCUCGAGUUCCUCAACCGCCCGGACCUCACGGUGAUGCUGGUGCUGCAGAACACCGCGGCCACCCUGACGAUCGUGACGGGCUUCCCGGCCAGCAUCAAGUCGAAGGCGGUGUACUUCAUCAAGAAGAACGCGCAGGCGGUGACCAAGGACAACAUGGAGGACCUGCUCAUCCCGGGCGACAUCGCGCCCAAGGCCAUCGAGCACCUCGCCUGCCUCGUCGAGGAGGUGUUCGUGCCCAUCCUGUCCAACCCCGACAACCACACGACGUGGCCGGCGGCCGUGGCGCAGGAUAUCCACAUGCACGUGCACGGGCUGAAGAGCACGGUGUACCAGGUGAAGGGGCAGGUGACGGGGCAGACGGUGCUGGCCAUGCCCGUGGGCGUGGAGAGAAUCGUGGACCUGUACCUGAAAAGCGCCAUCGAGGGUGUCAUCAUCAAGUGGGCCACGCAGAUCAAUGACGUCAUCACGGAAGACUCGGCGCAGGCUUUCGCCAACGGCAACAACCCGGUGCCUUACGAAGAGGUGGCCUUCUGGGACGCGCGCCUGCGCAACCUGCGCUACAUCUACCAGCAGCUGCGCGACGAGCGCGUGCGCAAGAUGGCCGUCAUCCUGGAGAAGACGGACAGCGCUUACUUCCCCUGCUUCAAGACGCUCUUCCGGAACAUCGUCGCCGCGCUGGCGGAGGCCCAGGACAUCUCGCUGUACCUGAAGCCGCUGCUGCGCCACUUCAAGGUGGUAGAGGAGACGGACUUCUCCGAGCUGUCGCCGCACCUGAUGCCGCUCGUGCACGUGGUGUGCCUGGUGUGGUCCAACUCGCGCUACUACUGCACCUCCUCCAAGAUCAUCAUCCUGCUGCGACAGAUCUGCAACCUGCUCAUCCAGCAGGCUAAGAAAUAUUUGGACCCUUCUUCAAUAUUUCAAAGCGACGUGAUGGAAGCUAAGGAGAGGAUCAAGGAUGUGGUUACGACCCUCACCAUGUUCAGAAAAGUUUUCGACAACCGAAGAGAGAAAAUUGCCACCUAUUUUGAAGACCGGGAGCCAGUUCUCUGGAAUUUCCAUCCAAAUAUGGUGUUCGAAAGAUUCAAUGCUUUCCUGGCUCGAUUAGCCACAAUUGAGCUGAUCGAGAUCGUGGGGACGGUGCUGGACCGGCCGCUGAUCGAGCGCGAGUUCACGGCUAAGUACGCGCAGGUGCUGGACCGCCUCGACCAGGACGUCGCCGUCUCCGAGGAGCUGUACGAGGAGCAGAUGCGCGAGUACUCGCGCAGCGGCAGCAUGCCCGUGGACGUGCACAUGCCGCCCGUGGCGGGCGCCAUGCGCUGGGCGCGCAUGCUGGCUCGCCGCGACGCCUUCUCCGUGCAGCGCUUCCGGGAGCUCAACCAC